UAACCUCACUUUUUAAUGGCGGCUGCGCUUGCGUGAUGCCGGUUUCGUGUUAUUAUUGCUUCUAAUUUGGCGUCAUUUCGUUAGGACUUGUGCUAUCAUUGAUUUUAACUGUAAAUAGUUAUUCGUGAGUAAAGAUGGUCGCUCAGAAGAAAGGGCGCGGUGCUAAGAACCAGGCGGCGAAGGCUAAGGCGGCGGCGGCGGCGGUAGAGGAGCCGGUGGUGCAAGAGGCGGAGGCCGCGGAGCCGGCGGAGGCCGCGGAGGACAACAACGGCGACACGGAGGCGCCCGAGCAGGCCGACGAGGCCGCCACGGAGCAGGCGGCCGAGGGUGACGGCCACGAGAACGCCGAUGAGCCCAAGCCCGAGGACAAGAAAGAGGAGAAAGUGGAAACUGGUAAACUCCUCGUCGAGAACCUCCCGUCGAGCUACCUCUUUGAUUACCAAGAGAAACUCAAGGAGUUGUUCUCGAAGCAUGGAGAAGUCCUCGGCGUCAAACGUGGUCCAAUCAUUGUUACUGAACUGACCACAACUCCGACAUUAUCGGCAAUAGUCGAAUUCAAAAACAAAGAGUCUCUGGACAAGGCGCUGAACGAGGAGGGAACGGUCCUCGACGGCAGCGCCAUCUCAGUUGCGGUCGAAUCGCGCGCCGAAACGGCCGUGCUCGUCGGAGUGCCCUACGAAGCUAGCACGGAUUACGUGCGGCUGCUGUUCGCCCAGUGUGGCGAGGUGGCGCAUAUCCACGAGUUCAGCAAGACCAAGUAUAAGAUCUUGCGGGUGACGUUCCACCAGCGCGAGGCGGUGGAGCGCGCGCUGAAGCUGGACCGCGAGCUGCGCAUCAACGGCUUCCUCGUCACCGUGUCCAAGUACCGCGACGAGGACGAGCAAAAGGCGCACUCCGCCAACGCCAACAAGAACAAGCGGCCGGCGCAGCAGAACCGCAACAACAACGCCAACGCGAACAACAACGCCAACAACCGCCCCAACAACUUCCGCCCGCGUGGCGGCGCGGCUUUCAACGCGCGCGGCAACUUCAGAGGCGCUCGCGGGCGUGGAGGCUUCGGCGCGCGCGGCGGCGGCGCCUUCCCGCGCGGAGGCUUCGCCCCCGUCAACAACUACAACAUGCCCCCGCAGCCCUUCAUGGGCAGGCCUAGCUACCUGUAGGCUAGACUCCGUGACGCAGGGCGGCUUCAUGAACGACGGGCAGCGGCCCAACAAGCGGCUGCGACAGAUGUAACGUGGAGUGGAGUGACGUCGUGUGAGUGUGCCCAGAGACAGUGACGUGUUACAGUAUCGGAAUUAAAUCUAGCUAAUUGUAUUUACUAAGUACAUGAAAUAAAUAAUUGUAAGCUAUUGUCUUUUUGACAGGUAAUAAAUGUAAUUACUAACA